CGUUCUGUUCUUGGCUCGUUCGCAUUAGAAUUUCCGUUUGUUUAGUUUGAAUCUUGCUGUAACUUGUCAGUACGCACCCAGAUAAUUUUUAUUUAUAUCUUUUGACUGUUCAUUUAUCACCUAAAAUGAGUUUAGAGGAGAAAGAUCCAAUAUAUUUAGAUAUAUGUCAUCAAUUGGAUGCUUUCUGUAAACGAGUUGAAGAAAAAGUGGAUAAGGAUCAGCAGCAGUUAAAAGCGCGGAAGAAAAACACCGAACUUGAAGAGAAACUAGCUCUUGAAAUGAAAAAGAACGCGGAAUUGUUACGACAACUAGAAGAGGUUUCAAGUCGGUACACAGAGCUGGAUCGGUUGUGUGCCAUGUUCCCGGGGCAGCUCACCAUUUCUGACAAUGACCAGACACGGCUUGAUCAGGCCAAGUUAUCAUAUGAAGUUGCCAAAGAGCUGACGGGAGUGAGAUUUGACUACACGGCUCCACCUAACAUUUGUAAAGGCUAUGUGAAGAGCGAGUCCCGGAAGCUGCUCCAACCGUUCAACCUGGAGGGCGACGCCAGCGCCGCCCUGUGGAGGCUCGCGGAGGCCGGCGCCGCGCCCGAGUGGCGCCUCGCCCACAACGAGAACCUGCCGCCCAACUAGGCUGUUCAUGUUACAGAUAUUAAUUAGCCAAUUUACUAAAAGUGAUCUAUAAGUAAUUUUAUAUUUCUAAGUAAAUUGGUCUGGAACGGACAGUAUCAGUGGGCAUGAUUAUGGUUGCGCUUUUCUAGUUUAUCAUUGUGUCUGUCGCCUAACAAGUAUGUAAAUGUGAGACGCCUGACUAGCCCAUGACACAUCAGAUAACUCUUGACCAUUCAUAUGGUUUCGGCAAAAAUCCGAUUUCGGUCGGAUACUAAUAAAACGCAACCACAAUGUACAGCGGGUGGAAACAAAAAUGGCCAUAUCAACACCCUUAACAAAACAUUUAUUUAUAAGUAAAGACAAUUAUCAUUAUUUUAAUAAACUUUUACAAGUAA